AUGGUCCCAUGUUUCAGAAGGCAGAAGAGCAGUGGAGAAAUUUAUUCAAAACCUUGGGACGUGCGUCAGCUCAUUUCAUUCACCUCCUCUCGGGUUCGUCUCUUCCUCUCCUCCCAUCCCCCAAUCUCGUUCUCUCGCACCCCUCUCCCCCAUGGCGCCCAACUGGGGCGCAGCACCCCCGGGCGAGGGCGAGGAGAAGGGGCAAUUCAUCAGCGCGUGCUGCGUGGAAUCGCUGGAUCAGGCCCUCUCCGCGCGCGCGCAUCGAACCUAGCGCGUGCUGCGUGGAAUCGCUGGAUCAGGCCCCCUCCGCGCGCGCGCAUCGAGCCCUGCUGCUCCCCCUCGGCAAUCCAUUCAGAGGCACCGCCCCUGUGCAGCAGCAUACGUGCGUGGCGCAUUGAAAUCUCAGACAUCAGCCCAAAGUUUUCUGUAACUUUCCUACAACGGCAAGAAGGCAGAAGCGGCAACAAGGCCGCCCACAAGCACCUAACAUUGAGAUCCACUGACAACAUUGGAUUUGAUGGUGUGGACGACAGGGAAACCCUGGGAGCAUCCAACAAUUCUGCCCAGAAAUUUACCCACGCAUGCUACUUUUCAAAAUCCCCUGUGUAUAGCAAGUUCCUGGGGCUAAACCGAAGAUCUGUGUGGUUUUUUUUUUGCAUCUGGAUGAAGCGUGUCCCCCUCGGGGAUCUAUUAAUGUUGCUGCAAACCUAAAACCAAGACAUCGAUGAUGGAUACAUAGUAGUAAAUAAAGUUUGCUUGUUCAAA